AUGGAGUAUGAAUUUUUAUCGGCACAUCAAUCUGAGAUUAGUGAUAGACAGGAAAGGUACUCAUGUGAACACUGCUCAGCGACAUUUGCUUCAUCUUCACAUUUGAAGAGACAUUUGAGAUCUCAUACUGGCGAAAAGCCAUAUUUUUGUGAAGUGUGUUCAAAGGCCUUUUCCGAUUCUUCUCACUUAAAGAGACAUUUGAGAAUCCAUAAUGGCGAAAAGCCCUAUUCCUGCGAAUGUUGUCAGAAAACAUUCGCUCAAGCUUCGCAGUUAAAGAGACAUUUGAGAGUCCAUAGUGAUGAAAAAAGUGGAAAACGAUAUUCGUGUGAGUAUUGCUCAGAAGUAUUUUCUAUAUCUUCAAGUUUAAGAAAGCAUCUGCGAAUUCAUACUGGCGCUAAGUCAUACUCAUGUGAAAAUUGUUCGAAGGAAUUUCCAAAUCUUUCCCGCUUAAAGAGACAUAGUAUAAUCCAUUCCGACUUAAAACUGUAUUCGUGUGAAUAUUGUUCAAAGCCAUUUUCUGAACCUUCCCACUUGAAGAGACAUUUGAGGCUCCAUACUGGUGAAAAGCCAUACGCGUGCAAAUCUUGUCCGAAGGCCUUUUCCGAUCCGUCACACUUAAAGAGACAUCUGAACGUCCAUACUGGCGAGAAACUGCAUUCGUGCGAGCAUUGCACAAAAACGUUUGCUACAAGUUCAGCUUUGAAGAGGCAUCUGAGGGUGCAUACCGGCGAACGGCCAUUUUCGUGCGCACUUUGUCCGAAAUCGUUUUCCACGACUAAAUGUCUGAAAAGACAUCUGAGGAUCCAUACCGGCGAAAAGCCUUACUCUUGCGACGUCUGCUCUAAAGCAUUUUCUGAUCCUUCAGUGUGGAAGGAACACAUUAGAAUUCAUUCUGAAGAGAAGUCUUAUGCAUGUGAACAAUGUCCAAAGGCUUUCGUCAAACGUUCAUAUUUAAGAAGACAUUUGAGAGUUCAUAACGGCGUGAAGAAAUAUUCGUCCAUGUAUGUGAAAGAUACUUGA